AUGUGGGCGCUCGACCGCCCGGAUAUUCCGCAGCCGCCCCCCGGGUGGCGGCGGCGCAUCGUGGUUCGCGGAGGGUCUUCCGCGAAGUUUUCGGACGUGUACUACCACUCGCCCUGUGGAAAGUCGUUGAGAUCAGUCAAUGACGUUGAAAGGUUCCUAGCAGACCACCCCAAGUACCGCAUGCAGGGCAUCACGUCGCGCCAGUUCUCCUUCUCCUCCCCUCGCCCCGCCCCCGCUGCCGCCCCUGUCAAGAACCACUUGCAAAAACGUCCGCAGGACGCCUCCCCACCAGCCGGCCCGCUGGGAAAACGGCGAGUUGCAGCUAGCCCAGUAGAGUAG